GAGCCCGGGGGGCGACGCGAGAGAUUUCGCUUACAACGAAUAUGGGCCGUACGGUAGGGGCAACGUGGACUAUCGGGUUUUCCCAGGAAAUGGGGAGUUGUUUUUUGGGGAGUGCUGAACGCUUCUAGAUUGGAACCUACAGAAGUAAGAUGCUAGGGUUUGGUUUGAUGAUGAAUUUGUGUACGGAUUCAAUCGCAAGGACUUAUGAUUUCUGCGCUGAAGGCUCUCGACUAGUUUAGUGGAUUAAACGCUCAGGGGCACUUGGUUAGCUAGUUCGUGCUCAGCUUUGCAUCGCUGACGUCCGCAGUCUUCGAGCGAAAGUGGUUGUUUGUGUGGGCCUUGACAUUAUAAUAAUAAUAAUAAUAUACUUGGACGUUUAGCUGGUCCGGACAUUUAGUUAGGCUUGACUCGGAAUGAAGUCGACUCAACGAGCUAUUUCGAGGUCCAUCCUGAGCAUCGUCCUCCUCGCCGUUGUUCUUCUAGCCUGCGCUCAUCGAAGCGAUGCCAAGGCCAAGCCGCCUCCCAAGCUGGGCCCGGGGAGACGAGAGCUCAACGGCAUUACCAAACGCAUCCAGGGUGCUCGGAAAUUUAACGUCUUCCUGAUUCACUUCAAGAAAACAAAUUUGGAUCCGUUCAUUGCCAGAUAUGCGGAUCGGCAGCCGCUGACCUUCCUAAUGCCUCGCGACGAGGCGUUUUCCGCACUGCCAAGCACCAUCCGCUCGCAACUAUCGGGCAAGAAGCUAGUGCAGCUGAUGCAGUACCAUAUGAUCAUGGAGAAGUGGGGGAUCGACUUCCUUUCCAGCGCAAACCAGCAAAAGGUGGUGCGCGCCUUCCGUACAGUCCUUGGGAUGUACAUCUACUUCCUUCCGAAUCCAGGGAUGAAGCUGGUGAAGGUGAAUAGCGUUCGGUUUGAGAACGCCAAUAUGGGGUUCAUCAUUUCGGGCGACAUUGGAGGGAAGAACACUUACCCUCGGUUUAUUACUCACGGGAUCAACAAAGUUAUCAUCCCUCCUGGGGUGUUCAAGUGAUGGAUAUGGUACAUUCCCCAGUACAUUGUGCAGGGUACAUAUGGACGGGCCAGUACCGUAGAUCCGUCUGACAGUAGUUUCUGUUAUUCCUUUCGUUGCUUAGUUUAGCUGUGUACCAUACAUACGUUUUGGUAGGGAUUUCGCAGUUGCUGGCACAGCAACUAAACUACUAAUACAGAACUCCAAUCCUUGAGACUGCAUGAUUGCAUGUUCC